GCCUCCCCUUGUUGACGGAAGAACGUCGGUCUCGUCUCUCUGUCCAAUCGCAAGCGUCGUUGUUGGGAGGUGGUUCGUGGAGAAGGUGACUUUUCGACGUCGUCUCGGGUAGAAACACAGAAACCAGAAGCUCCGGAGCGUCAGAGCAGCGGCGGCGGUUCAGUCCAACAUGUCUUCUUUGCAAAGGACGCUGGGAGUUCUGCGGAUGAGCUCCCGGCUGCUCCGCCGCGGGCCUCAGAGAGCCAGCAUCCGAAAGGGCAGCGGGGGGCCUCACAUCGAGCCGCAGUACAGACAAUAUCCGCAACUGACCAAGAACCAGCGCUUCCAGUCGGAGCUGCUCAGCGGAGCCAUGUGGUUCUGGAUCCUGUGGCACUGCUGGCACGACGCGGACGCGGUCCUGGGUCACUUCCCCUGGCCUGACGCCUCUGAAUGGACCGAUGAAGAGCUCGGAAUCCCACCAGACGAUGAAGAAUAAGGAUCUUUCCCAGUCUCUGCUUGGCUGUAGCCAUUCCUUUUUUGGGCCGCUUGCCUGGAAAAGAAGAAUCAGAGGAGAUCGAUUUUAUUACCGGAGAAGAAGAACAGAGUGAAGAUGGCUGCGUCACGACCGUCUCCCAGACCUGAGAUCCUGCUCGUAUGUUUAAAUCAACACUCGUUUAACCC